AUGACUCUGGAGUGUCCCACUGACCCUGCUGCAGAAGCUGCGCAGCAGCAGCAGCAGCAGCAGCAGCAGCAGCAGCAGCACUCAGCAGCAGCAGCAGCAGCGCCGGCACAAAUGGCCGCACCCUCAGUGCCAGGUGCGACCGCACCGGAAGCUUCGGGAGGAUCAGAAGCGGCAAAGUCAGCAGCAGCAGCAACAGCAGCAACAGCAGCAGCAGCAACAGCAGCAGCAGCAACAGCAGCAGCAGCAACGGCAGCAGCUGCAGCAGCAGCUGCGGAGAAUGAGGAUCCUGUGGUGUCAGAAGAUCUGCUGCUGCUGGACUUCCCGGAAUUUUCGUUUGCCCCUUCUCUCAAGAAGAGAAGACAAAUGCCGGCGCGCGUCCCAGCAGCAGCAGCAGCAGCAGCAGCAGCAACAAAAGCAGCAGCAGAAGGAGUAACAUCCGCUGCUGCAGCAGCAGCAGCAGCAGCAGCAACAGCAGCAGUGGAAGAUGCAGAUGCAUCUUCGCAGGCAAAGCAAGGUGCUGAGCGCCCGGGAAGUCCGGAAUUGGCAGCAGCAGAAGCAGCAGCAGGAGCAACAGGCGCAGCAGCAGCAGCAGCAGCAGCAGCAGCAACUGCAGCAGCAGCAGCACAAGCCUCGUUUCUGCGGCAGCAGCAGCUGCAGCUAAAAGUGUGGGGCCUCGACACGGCGGAGCCGCUGCUGCUUUUGGGGGACUUUUCAUUUAAAGGCGAAAGGCUAACAGAGCGCAUGACCACCACUGCCUUGUUCAGAAUCAACAAGCAGCAGCAGCAGCAGCAGCAGCAGCAGCAGCAGCAGCAGCAGCAGCAGCAGCAGCAGCAACAGCAGCAGCAGCAGCAGCUGGCAAGCGAUGAGGAAGCAAGUGUAGAUGCACACGCAGAACUGGAGGGCAUUGCUACGGAAAUUAUAUCUUUCAAGAUAGAUAUUUCUGCUGCUGCUGCUGCUGCUGCUGCUGCUGCAACAACAGCAACAGGGACAGAAGCAAGGCCCGAUGCUGCUGCUGCUUCUUGUGACAACAGCUGCAGCACUGUUGCGCAGACCCACCAGCUUUAG